CUCUCCAUUGGCUCGCCCUACCGCUUCUGCGCUCAGAGUUGAACGCCGGACCAGCCUUCACAGAAACGUGUGUCCUACCCACGCUGUCUGAAACCGGACUGGGCUUUCCACGCCGCAUCGGAGAUAAUAGAAAAAAUUAAAAAUGGAGAAAAAGAGCGAGAUAAACGGACACGCCAUGCCCGGCUCAGCAUCCACAGACCAGAUACUGGAAAAGGGCUCGCAGAAGAGCCUCGGAGAAAAGCUGAUGGAGUUUCUGAGAAAGAACCUGCUGGUGAUCUUGACGGUGUCGGGCGUGCUGGUGGGCGUCGGGCUCGGGAUGAUGGUCCGCAGCAUGAACCUGACCAAAGCGCAGAUGACCUACUUCGCCUUCCCCGGUGAGAUGCUCCUCCGGAUGCUGAAGAUGAUCAUUUUGCCCCUCGUCGUCUGCAGUCUCGUAUCGGGGGCCGCCAGCCUGGACACUCGCUCCCUGGGCAAGCUGGGGGGCAUCGCAGUCGCCUACUUUCUGGUGACCACGCUGAUCGCCUCGGGGAUCGGGGUAGCCCUGGCUUUCAUCAUCAAACCCGGAGUGGGCGCGGGAGCCCUGAACACCAACAACCUGGGACUGGAGAGCGUCAGCAGCAACAAGGAGACCACCGACUCCUUCUUAGAUCUGGCCAGGAAUUUGUUUCCAGCAAACUUGGUGGCUGCUGCCUUUCGUUCUUACGCAACAGACUACAAGAUGGUUGCUGUGGGGAAUGAUACCAAUGGGACGACCCUCUACCAAAAGGUCCCUUAUGGUACAGAAACAGAUGGCAUGAACAUUCUGGGUCUGGUGCUGUUUGCCAUGGUGUUUGGUGUGGCGCUGAGGAAACUGGGUGACGAGGGAGAGGAACUCAUCCGUUUCUUCAAUGCUUUCAACGAAGCCACCAUGGUGCUGGUGUCCUGGAUCAUGUGGUAUAUCCCCUUUGGCAUCAUGUUCCUAGUGGGCAGUAAAAUUGUGGAGAUGGAAGAUGUGGUUCUUCUGGUCACCAGCCUGGGAAAAUAUAUCUUUGCUUCGAUUUUGGGCCACGUUAUCCAUGGAGGCAUCGUCCUACCCCUCAUCUACUUUGGUUUAACGCGCAAGAACCCCUUCAGUUUCCUGUCUGGCCUAAUAACACCCUUCACCACUGCCUUCGCAACCUGCUCCAGUUCAGCAACUCUACCCUCUAUGAUAAAAUGUGUGGAGGAGAAUAAUGGUGUGGACAAACGCAUCAGCCGCUUCAUUCUGCCCAUUGGGGCCACGGUUAACAUGGAUGGCGCUGCCAUCUUCCAGUGCAUCGCUGCCGUCUUCAUUGCUCAGCUCAACAAUACCGAGCUGAACGCUGGGCAGAUCUUCACAAUCCUGGUGACGGCCACAGCCUCCAGUGUUGGUGCAGCAGGCAUCCCAGCCGGUGGCAUCAUCACCAUUGCCAUCAUCCUGGAGGCCAUCGGCCUGCCGACCAACGACCUGUCCCUCAUGCUAGCUGUUGACUGGAUUGUAGAUCGUACCACCACUGUAGUGAACGUGGAGGGCGACGCUCUUGGCGCGGGAAUCCUCCACCACAUAAACCAGCUGGAGAUGAAGAAGCAUCAACAGGAGGGGGAGCUGUCGGAAGUCCGAGUGGAGGCGGUGGCCAACGUCCAGGCAGAGGAGGAGACAUCUCCAUUAGUCACGCAUCAAGCCAAAGCCUUAGAAGCUAUGCCGGAAGCCAUUGAGUCAGUGCUGUGAUCCCAGCAAGACUUUUUCCUUUCUUGACCUUUUACCUUUGACAUCUCUGACAUGCUGCUUUUGUGGAAGCAUUCUGAUUCAGUGUAAGGCCAAAAAAAUGCCUGCUAGAGCGUGGAAAGUCCACAUAGUGUCACUGUUAUUUUUAAAAUUGGGUUUCCAUUCUGGCAUCUUAAUGCUAAAUUGAAUAUAUAUGAAAUUUUAGAAUAAUUUACACUGAAAUGAUUUGCCCAGUCACUUAAGUCAAUAGUUUUUGUAUUUUACAUUUUAUUUAUUAAAGCAUUUUGACAUGAACAGUGACAGAAACAUACCAAGUCUAAAACAUUCCCAUAAAUGUGACAGUUAUGUUCAUCUUACUCCAGUCACUGCUCAUCGGCAGCUUUGUAUAACAGGACAUGAUGAAGUGCAUUUAUUUCUUUUUAUCUUCAGACUGCAAAUACCAUGACAUGCUUAAACUAUAGAGGAUUAACAACUCAACAGAUGCUGACAAGUAAGAGUGUUUAACCAAUCUUGACGAUGUCUGUCAUUGUUUAAGUACUGGUCAAAGUCUGGGUAUGCGCUUUACUUCAAUUUGAUGUCCCUUACUUGAAUAGCUGGAUGAAAACAACACAUUUUGUAGUGUCAGGUUAGGUUGAAGUGGUAAUUGUGGUAACUAUUUGGGCCUCAGUUUGAAAGUAAUAUUUUUCAUAAUCCAGAGAAAAGUUUACAAGGCCUGUUAAGAGGUUUUAGAACUGAAGAAGCUUCACAGCUGUAAAACAUCUU